UUUUAAGCGAAUAAGUUAACAGUUUAUGGUCAAUGCACGGAAACUUGCCCAGAUAUGUGUGUGUAGACUGAGUUCAGACACGACAACUUUUGCUGCGGCAAAUCGAGUUGUGGACUUCUAAAUAACUGGAUCUUCGAGAAAUUCCAAGGCAAAUUUGAUCACAACUACUAUACCAGGGUAGGUAUCCAAUUUCUAAAAUGUAUUAUCGUCUGGUGUCAAAUAUUCCCAAACAACCGUCUAAUGAGAGUUCAAACGAACCAAUAAAGUUCUUUGGAAGCAAAGCUGCAACCUGGCGUGCACGUGAUACGAGAAGUGGCGGUUCUGAGGACACGUUAUGGUUUCAACCUUAUGUCAUUUCUGGAAGUUUGGCUGUAUUUUUACUAUAUUUUUGCGUACUUCGAGAGGAAAAUGAUAUCGACAAACGGCUAGAAGGUAACCUGUUUGAUCAAGUUGCGGGUCUGGAAGAAGUACAACUUACCGUAAAUUACAAAUAUAACAGAGAGAAUGGUUUGGACACUUCAGAAAUUGAAAAACGAUUAUUAGAACUAGGAGUCGACAUAAAGUUUUUGGAUAUACGCUAAGAAUAAUUGAUACUAGAAUACGAUGAUAGUAGUGAACAGUAACUAAAACUAAAUUAAUAAAUGAUGUACAUAAGUUUUCAAAGUCCCUCAUGGUAUUUUAUAGAGCAAAUCUAUU